CCAGGGUUUAUCAAGGUAUAAAAAUACACGUCCUACAACUGUUGAAGAAUUGGGUUCAAUACUUGAUAAAAUGCGGACCCAUAGUAAGACUGUAGAGAGUAACUUAGGUAAGUGGAGAUGAUUCUUAAAAUUUGCAAUUCAUUCAAAUGAUAAGUAUAAUACUGAUUGACUCUAUUCUGAUGAACCUGCAGGAUAACUGGGGAUUGAGAGAGAUACAACUACAUGAAAAAUCCAAACAGAAGUAGUUCACUCUCAAUCCCCAGCUGUCUUGUUAUCAUCACUACCUACCAGGCUACCACUGGAAUACACCGUCGGAGAUGAUAAACUUGCAGCCUUCAUUGAUAUAUACUGCUUCAUUCUGCUUGAUUUUAGAUAAUGUAUUGAACGGACAAAAACGCCCAAAGAACAAGAAAGAAUAUAAAGAAGCCAAGAGAUUGCUUAAUGAGGUUGGUACAAAUAACCAGUGGCGGACACUAGGGGGAGGUUAGGGGAGCAACCCCUCACCCCUCCAAUAAUUUAUUUGAUGUAGCUGAAUAACUGUGUGACAAAACUGUAACAAUUUUCAACCAUGAAAGCAUUGGUAGGCUGUAAACUAAACUACAUAUUGCGUGGAAUUCAAAGAAAAAAAUGUAAAGAACUAUGAUUUCCAGCUUACAAAUGGUGGUUACAUGUUGGCAAACCUCACUACUAUUUAUAGCACCAUAUAGUUGGUUCCACAUCGAUCAAUCUAAUGCCAUUUGUAUCUAUCCAAAUCAAUAAUUAAAUUAUUCGAUUUUUCAAUGAGGCAGCACACUAUACUUGUCACUGAUAAUGUUUGUCCAUAGUUCCGACUCGGUCCAGUCGUUCGCGCGAUCUUUAUAUUGUCGUGAUCUUGACUUUGCGUACACCGCUCGGUGUGCAGGGCGGUUUGGAUGACUUAUAGCUUGCGCUAAAAAAUUCAAUUAGCAAACGUAUUAAACGAACGUCCACUCCAAUUAGCAAACGUAAUAAACGGAAAAUAGACGGAAAGUGUAACGCACGCGUGCUAUAAUCAAGGCCACCUCAGUGCUCGUUCGUGGGCGCGAUAGUAACUCGUAGUUUGUUCUUUCUUUUCUGAUUUUCUCAGUCAUCUAAGCGACGCAGUUUAGUGACUAGAACCCUUUCUGCGUCUACAGAUAUCAACACUUUUUAAACGUUUCGCCCUUGUUCAUUGAUAUACUAUAGUUAUAGAGGUAAAUUCAAUCGAAUGUACAUUAUAGGUUCAGACAAAAUAUAACGAAGUACGAUGUGAGUCCUUACGAUCAACUACGAUGGCUGCUGAUAUCUUACAAAAACCAGGAGUUUCUGCUCCAGCAACACCUGCAGCCAAUACUAGAGAUGUUUUACUCAGUCGAGGAAGAACUCGUGGAACUAAUGGAAUUGCUUCACACAACGGAGCUAAGAAAGAGCUGUCUAAGGAAGUGUAAAGAUUGUAAAACAAUUUCCAAACUAGCGCUUAGACCAUUACUAGAAAUACUGAAGCGUACCAUUUGUACACACAUUGUUUCGACUUCAUCCAAAAGAGAAAAAAAUCAACGCAUAAAGACAAGAUAAAAUUCCAAAGAAAUUAAAGAAAAAAAUCGAGGCUAUGCGUGAAUUUCUGCAGAAUUAAUGGAUCUAUGGCAUUGAUUAAUUAAAAUAUAAACGACUAUAAAUAUAAUAUUUUUGUACUUAUACUAUAUUAAUGUAAAUAGCACGACCUACGGACACACCCUAAAGAUACAAAUUGUACAAAUGUGUCGAGGUUAUUGUCGAGUUAUUCACGAGCUAUAUAGCUUGGAUAUUUCGCUGACAGUGCCUGGAUUUUGAUUAUCUUCAAUACAAGGAGCAAAUGAUUUAUAAAACCAUUCUGCCAUUCUUACGUUCCUCUCGUAGUGGAUGGACAUGAUUUUUCGAACACAGUGAAAACAAG